CUGCGUGUUCAAGCGCAAACCGCAUUGCUGACAGUGGAGCGGGAGCGUGCCGGUAUGCAGCUCAAGGCUGUGAUGGAGACGCUCGAGAAAGAGAUCCGAGAGCAGCGCGAAGCGAGUCGGAGCAUCAGUAUAGUGGAUAUUGCGGAGUUGUAUAGGGUAGCUGGGAGGACUCGCGAUGAAGCGCUAGGAGAAGCUAGAAGGGAUUUUGAGGAUACGGCGAGGGCUGUGAAGGUGGUGGAGGAGAGGAUUGCGGAAUUCAGGGCUGAUGUCGUGUAUGGCUUUUCGGAGAGG